CUUUUCGUAAUUGGAGAAAAGGGUAUUUUUCGUAAUUACCACGCCAACCACAGGUCCACAACACACAGUUCAUUUUCCCCGGCCUCAACGAUCUUGGCGUGGGUUCUUUCAACUUUCGCGGACGCGCCAAAGAAUCAAAAGUUUAAAUAACUGAAACAAAUUUCAAGCCUGAGCAAAAGGGAUAAAUAGCAGCUCGGUGAAUUUCAUUCAUGGCUGCUACUCGACCUCGGGCUGGCAGUUUCUCACGCAACCUUUCUGCUUCUAAUACGGUGUCACAAAUUCCUGGUCUUAAGCAUGGCCCUAAUGGGACCAUGUUCCUCUCAUCCGGCAUCCCGGAUUUCGACAAAAUUUUGGGUGGUGGGUUUGCUUUGGGGAGUCUUGUGAUGGUUAUGGAAGACCCUGAGGCGCCACAUCAUAUGUUGUUGUUGAGAAAUUUUAUGUCUCAAGGACUUGUUCACCAUCAGCCACUUGUGUACGGGAGCCCCGCAAAUGAUCCGAGAGGGUUUCUUGGUACUUUGCCUAAUCCGAUGACUUCGAAGGAUGAUAAGUCUCAUGUCCAUGAAACAGAGCAGGAUAAGGGUUUGAGAAUUGCUUGGCAAUACAAGAAAUAUUUCGGGGAACAUAAUUUAGAGUCUCAGAGAGAUGGAAAGUCAGAAUAUUGUAGUGACUUUGAUUUGCGGAAGCCCUUGGAGAGGCACUUCUUUAGUGGACAAAAUAUUGAUUGCGUGAGCCUUAGAAAUUCUUCAGAUUUAGCUACAUUUCAAGAACGAUGUUCGAGCUUCUUACCUCAAGUUCCUCGGAACACUGGGAACAUAAGAGGUAUUCGAAUUGCUAUUCAGUCACUGUGUUCUCCGCAGUGCGAAUAUUCAAACAAGGAGUGGGAAAUACUUUCUUUUGUAAGAUCUCUAAAAAAUAUGUUACGAUUGUCGAAUGCGGUAGCCAUUAUAACCUAUCCACCUUCACUUGUUUCAACAAAUUUCUCGAAAAGGCUGCAGCAUUUGGCUGACACCUUAGUUUCUGUGAAAGCAAUUCCAGAUGAAGACAAGGAACUAGCUAAGCUUCUUACAGGAUAUCAGGAUAUGGUUGGACUUCUUAGCGUUCACAAAGUGGCUCGUAUUAAUACACAGGUCCCGAUUAUUCUGGAGGCAACAACAUUCUCAAUGAAACUGCAAAAACGAAGAAUGUUGAUUUUGGAAUGCCUAAACCAAGCCCCUGUGGAUGGUUCAAGUGGUACUUCUUAUGCUUCCUCUGGAAGUUGUUCUGGGUCUUCGAAGACAGGAUCCCUCGACUUUUAGACAGUGUAAGGUGCAAUGUGUCAUUAUAUUUACCUACAUUUGCGCCACAAUAGAUAGAUUGUCAUGAGAUUCAAAGGCGAAAAACUGUUAAAAGUGUGCUUUGUUUCGACUCUGAAACAUUGGAUUGAUUUUUGAAAUUAAAUUAUUUUUCGCUUAUUAUUGCUAUAAAAUUACAAUUCCAUCCAACCUAACAUAUGUUAGUGGAUAUUUAUAACUAAGGGGUGGCAAGAAAAAUUAGUGAUAAUGCUUCUAUGGUCUCAACAGACUCAUCAACAUAAUAAUGAGACACAGAACU